GACGACCUCGUGAUGCUCGAGCAGCUCGACGCGCCGCUCAUCGCCCACUGCCUGCAGAAGCGGUACGCGGCCGAUAAAAUCUACACGUGGGUGGGCGCAGACCACUCGGUCCUCAUCUCGAUCAACCCCUUCAAGCACCUCCCCAUCUACGGGCAGUACUUUUUGGAGCGCUUCGCGGCGCCCGCGCCCAACCGCGACGUCGAGCCGCACACCUACGCCCUCGCCCGCCGCGCGUUUCGCGGCAUGAUGGACGCACGGCGGGAUCAGGCGAUCCUCAUCUCGGGCGAGUCUGGCGCGGGCAAGACGGAGGCGACCAAGCAGUGCCUCCACUUCCUCGCCGACGCCGCGGGCACCAAGUCUGGCGUCGAGCAGCGCAUCCUGCAGGCGAACCCGAUCCUCGAGGCCUUUGGCAACGCAAAGACGGUGCGCAACGACAACUCGUCCCGCUUCGGCCGCUGGAUGGAGGUGCACUUCGAGUCGUCCGGCCGCGUCGAGGGCCAGAUCGCGGGCGCGUUCGUCGAGUCGUACCUGCUGGAGAAGUCGCGCGUCGUGGCGCAGGCGGCGGGAGAGCGCUCCUUCCACAUCUUCUACCAGCUCUGCUCCUCGCCGCGCGCAGCCGGCCUCGGCCUCCGCCCCGCCUCCGAGCACCGCAGCCUCGGCCGCGCCGGCUGCACAGCCAUCCGCGGCGUCGACGACGUCGCCGACUUCGAGGCGGUGCUGUCCUCGCUCGCCGCCAUGGGCCUCGGAGACGACGAGGUCGGGUGGGCGCUCCGGCUCUGCGCCGCCUCCGUCCACCUCUGCGACCUCGACUUCGAGCCGUGUGACGGCGGCGACGGGUCGCGCGUCGCCGCCGGCUCCGCCACCCCCCUCGCCGCCGCCGCAGAGUGCCUCGGCGUCGCGACGAGUGCGCUGAGCGCGGCGCUGGUCGAGCGGGCCGUCGUGGUGCGCGGAGAGGCGCAGCGCAUCCGCAACACCGCUGGCAAGGCCGAGGAGGCGUCGGCCGCGCUGGCAAAGGCGGCCUACGCGGGCCUCUUCCGCGACCUGGUGCGGCGCAUCAACGCCGCGUGCGGCGGCGAGCGGGGGCGGCUGAUCGGCGUCCUCGACAUCUUCGGCUUUGAGAUCUUCGAGGCGAACUCGUUCGAGCAGCUCUGCAUCAACUUUGCAAACGAGCGGCUGCAGCGCACCUUCUGCGAGCACACCUUUGAGAACGAGCAGGCCUCGGCCGCACCACGGCCGCACCUGCCAGCACAGGCCGUCUACGCCGACGAGGGUAUCGCGUAUGACAACGUCCCCUACAUCGACAACGCGCCGGUUCUCGCGCUCCUCGCGGAGAGGCCCUUCGGGCUCCUCAACUUGCUGGACGAGGAGGUUCGUGUGCCCCAGGGCUCCGACGCCAAGUGGCUGGAGAAGGUGUCGCAGCGCCACGCCGACCACCCCGCCUUCGGCGCGCCAAAGCAGCAGGGGAAGGCACGGCGCGACUUCUUCUGCGUGCGGCACUACGCCGGCGAGGUGCGGUACAGCGCGGAUGGGCUGGUCGAGAAGAAUGCCGACCGCCUCUCGCGCGGGCUGUACGACCUGCUGUCGGGGAGCAGCUGCGGCCUCACCCGCGCGUGCUUCCCGCCCAAGGACGACGCGAUCGCCGGCCGGGUCCGGACCGUCGGCGAGGAGUGGCGCUCCCAGCUGGGGGGGCUGAUGCAGAAGGUUGGCCGGAUGUCGCCGCUCUUCAUCCGGUGCGUCAAGCCCAACCAGCACAAGCGGCCCGGGCUCGUCGAGUCCAAGGCAACCAUCGACCAGCUCUCUUGCGCCGGCCUUUUCGAAGCCGUCCGAAUCCGUGCCACCGGCUUCCCCUUCCGGCACAGCCACGCGGAAUUCGCGCGCCGCUACCGCUGGAUCGCG